AGAUAUCAAAAUUAACGUCUCUUUCUAAAACCUAGAUAUGGAUUUACAUUUAACAAGGACAAUUAAUGCAAUUGGUAUUCAAUCUGAGCCUGAAUCCAAUUGUAACCCAUUGAUUUUGCUGUUGAUAAUCCGAAUUCUUGUAUAGAUUACAAUCUAGUCCACAAAUCGCCAACUUAUUGUUCCCAAUUCAUCCACCUCAUUGAUCCGAUGUUGGCAGCAGCAUGCACCGCCGCCAUAUUCUACCCGCGUUUUACUCCAGACUCCGCCAUCCGCGCCGCUCCGGCAUUGAAUCCAACUCUUUCCGUUAACUACUCGCUUCACCGGCCUUGUCGUUUACUUACUUCCUCACCGCCGGCUGAUUUCAAGGUUUAUGGCGACAAGAAGUCACAGCUUCCCGAAGUGUUCGAUUCUUCAGAGAAUGAAAAUUUAGUGUCGGAAGAACAAAGUUACGAAGAAAUCGACAUCGGAUGGUUACCUGCAUUUCCUCAUGUAUUGGUUGCUUCUAUGUCAAAUUUCCUUUUCGGUUUUCACAUCGGUGUAAUGAAUGGUCCUAUUGUAUCUAUUGCCAAAGAGCUAGGGUUUGAAGGCAAUUCAAUACUUGAAGGGCUGGUUGUCAGCAUCUUUAUUGCAGGUGCUUUUCUGGGAAGUGCAGGCGCUGGUUACCUGGUUGAUCGACUUGGUUUCAAAAAAACCCUUCAGGUUGACACAAUACCUCUGAUUCUUGGUGCCAUUUUAAGUGCACAAGCCCACUCUUUGGAUCAAUUAUUAUGGGGACGAUUUUUUGUGGGUCUUGGUAUAGGAGCAAAUGCAGUUCUUGUCCCUAUUUAUAUAUCAGAGGUGGCUCCAACAAAAUACAGGGGUACAUUGGGGAGUGUGUGCCAAAUUGGCACAUGUACUGGAAUUAUCGCCUCCCUCUUUCUUGGAAUUUUCUCAGACAGUGAUCCUCAUUGGUGGAGAACAAUGUUGUAUAUUGCAAGUGUACCUGGUUUUAUUCUAACACUUGGUAUGCAGUUUGCUGUAGAGAGCCCCCGUUGGCUAUGCAAAGCUGGGAGGCUUGAUGAAGCUAAAGAAGUUAUCUUUAAUCUGUGGGGCCCAUCCGAAGUUGAUAAAAGCAUUGAAGAAUUUCAGUCUGUUCUUAAAAAUGAUGGUGGUGAUUUGGACAGCAGAUGGUCAGAACUUCUAGAAGAGCCACAUUCUAAAGUGGCAUUGAUUGGAGGCAGUCUUUUUGUACUUCAACAGUUUGCUGGCAUUAAUGCUGUUCUUUAUUUUUCAUCUUUGACUUUCAAAGAUGCUGGAAUCUCAAAUGGAGCAUUGGCAAGCUUAUUUGUUGGAUUAACCAACUUUGCAGGUGCACUUUGUGCUUUGUAUUUAGUUGAUAAACAAGGGAGGCAGAAGCUUAUAAUUGGAAGUUAUCUUGGAAUGGCAAUAUCAAUGUUUCUUGUUGCCUCUGGUAUCGGCUUUCAUUUAGAUGAAGAGCUUCGUAACAACUUAUCAAUUUUAGGAACCAUCUUGUACAUAUUGACUUUUGCAAUCGGAGCUGGUCCAGUAACGGGUCUUAUUAUACCUGAGCUUAGCAGCAGCAGGACACGUGGAAAGAUCAUGAGCUUCAGUUUUUCUGUUCAUUGGGUGUGUAAUUUCUUGGUUGGACUAUUCUUCCUGGAGGCGACAGAGAGAUUCGGUGUGGCGCCGGUUUAUGGGAGCUUUGGUGUGGUGUCGUUAUUGGCAGCGUUGUUCUCUUACUCUUUCUUGGUUGAAACUAAAGGAAGGUCUCUUGAAGAAAUUGAGAUGUCACUAAACCAAAGUUUCACCAAACGGGACUAGUAAAAUGAUUUUUGAAAGAGAGUUGGAUAAUUUGAAUGAAGUCUGUUUGAGUGUUGACUUUAUAUUCUUAGUUUGUUAUGAUGAAACCUAAUAAGAUUUAGAAAUCAAACAUAUUUUAUGUUUUAGAUUUUGAUUAGUUUCAUAUUUAAAAGGAAGCUUAUCGUAGGAAAGGGAGAAUGGAAUCUACAAACUAGCUAAAGACGAAGGGACAGAGAAAUCGUUAGGUUUAUUAAGGACGCCAAGAGUCCAAGAGUCGAGCUUUAGUGAAGGAUGAGGAUACAAGAGGAAAUCUCAUAAUUAUUUUCGUUCUUUAUUUAAUGAAGGAUUUGAAUGUGGAACACUUUGUUUAUCUCCAGACAUGCGAAGAGGGUUCUUGAAUGCGGAUUAGUCGCGAGGAAAUGAAAGUGGCUUUGAGGAUGGUGCUUUCAUUCGCAUGGGGUGUAGAGUUGACGCGCAUAUGUAGGUUUGAUUGUCCCGUCUCACAUAUAAAAGUGUUACCACGACUAAGAAUGUUAAGUUCUUUGUCUUUUGUUUCCAUUUGAAGAUUUCUCCAACA